AUGCCCGCGCCUGAAGGCGAGCUAUGGUCCACUUUGGUCACUGCCGUCGAUCCCGGUAAUCUCAACGCCAUGCCCGCUGUUCUAGAGUCGACUAUUAGCCUAUUGGAAACGGAGCUGGCCAAGGCUAGGGCUGCACUCCGAGAGCUCCAGCCAAAUGCUCCAGCCAUAUCGAUGCAAGGUGACGAAUUUGCUGUUGGCGCUGUGGCAGCCUAUCGUGAACACCUCAUCGGUCGAGCUCCUGAGUUCUUUUACGGUGCUCGCCGAUUGUCACCAAAGGAAGUGGGAUUAGUCCCCGUAGUUCGUGAACUGCAGUCAGGUGAUGAUGAAACCGAGGAGCUCUUUGAACAGUCUCAAGGCACUCCGAGACGGACUUCGUUGGUCGACGUUUUGUCAAACAGCCUGGUCCUCGAUCGCAUGGCCCCAUACCUCUCGGCCGCAUCUCUGCUCGCUUUGGCAUCAACUUCGCGUUUCCUCAGAAUCAUGAUCAUAGAGACUCCAUACAUUUUCCGCCAUCUCGACCUGACCCAAUGCCAUGGUGCUCAGAUGAUCAAUACACUGCCUGUGGGUCCGGCUAGAGACACAAGAAGAAAUGAACUUCUGGAUGAAACUUUGACCGAGGAUGAGUUCUACUCCGGCCCUCUGAGAAGGAUAUUUGCGAAUUUGGAGCAGAGGUCGAUCCUACAGGACGUGCGCACGUUGGUUUUGGAUGGUCUCUCAGUCCCAGCUGAUCUGGUAGCCGAUAUUGUCCUAACGGAACGGUUUAAUAUCAACAUUCUGUCUAUAAGGGACUGUCGCCAUCUCAACGAACGCAAGCUAAUGCAAAUACUUCAGUACGCGGCCCGUCCCGAGCGCCCUAAAGGAACCCCGCGGGUAAAGGGUAUUUAUCAUUUUACGCCAGUAAACCAUGCCCAAAACAUGGUGCGGAGUAAGUAUCGUGACUGGUGGAGCUCCAGAUGCGCUGGUCGAGAACCCUGUGGCAGAGCUGCGACAGAAGAAAUGACCCCCACCGAUGAUCCUCACCACGAGAGUUCCAUGUAUCGUCAGAAUGCGUGGUACAGGCCAUCAGGACGACUCUUCAAUCGAACCAUCGAGAGUGAGUGGGCUCAUACUAUCCAGAAGUGUGAAGGCAUCAUCGCUUUCGAUGCAGUGCUGUGUCGGGGGCCUCGACACAACGCUGACCUCUAUACACCCACAUCCGAUAAUCAGGGGGGAUCUCAGCCAGAAGGUCGACUUCUAGGACCAGAAGUUGCCACCGUUGCUUUGGGCCCCAGUGGGCGCAACGAUUCAGAUGUCGAUUCGCCUCCGGAGCGAAGGAUUGCUGGGAGUGUGGACCGACGUGUGCUGCGUGUAAGAUGGACUGUCAACGUACUUGCCAGAACUGCCAAGGAGAUUAUUGCAUUGAACACAAUGAGGGAUGUUCUUCAACAAUGUGCGACUGGUGCAACACAAGUACACGCCACCGAAUGA